CAGGCUGCCAGUCACCCCUACUUCAACCUGCCCAACUUCACCCAGCCAUCACCUCCCUCCACUCCGCCUAGCCUCCCCUUGCACCAGUGCUGCCGGCCCUCUGAUGCCACCAAGGGCCUGCUCAUGGCCCUGCUGGGUGGGGGCCUGCCCACUGGCUUCGUGGGCCUCUUCUCCCGUGUGGCUUACCAGGCUUCCCACUUACCCUCGCUGGAGCUGCUCAGAUUUCGAUGCUUCUUCCACCUCCCCAUUGCCCUGCUGCUUAAACUGCAUGGUGAUCCACCGUUGGGACCUCCCGAUGUCCGGGGCCAGGCCUGCCUCCAUGCCCUGCUCAGAGUCUUCAGCAUCGGAUGCACCUACAGUGCAGUUCAGAUGGUGCCCACUGGCAACGCUGCCACCAUCCACAAAGGUUCUUCCACCGUCUGCUCUGCUCUCCUUGCCCUUUGUCUUAAGAACCAGCAUCUCAGUGGCUAUGACUAGUGCUUGUUGGACAGCACCCUGGGACUCAUCAUCAUUGUGGGACCUGGGCUAGGGACACUGCAAAAGAGGAUCAUGGGCUUCUAUACCACUCUGGGCUACGUGCUCACUUUCCUGGGUGGCCUGGCCCUGUCGCCAGACUUUCCCUCCUGCCUACCGACAGUGGCCUUCCUGUUUGGCUUGGUGGGGCUGGUGGGCUCCGUGCUGGGCCUCUUUGUGCAGCAGACCCCUGUGCUGCCCAAUGAUCCUCUGAGUUGGAGCUGUGUGUGGACAGUGGGGAUUUAUGCCCUUGUCUUUGUGUGCCCGUGCUAUGCGGUCGCCAAGGCCCAUCCCACCCUAGUGUGCACCGUCCUGCACUCUGAGGUGGUGGUGGCCCUGAUGCUGCAGUAUUAUGUGCUCAAUGAGACCGUAGCACCUUCUAACAUCAUGGGGGCAGGAGUGGUGUUGGGCAGCAUUGCCAUCAUCACCGCCCAGAACCUCAGCUGUGAGAGGGAAGGGCAGGUGGAGGAGUGAGAUCGAACCUGAGAGCCUGAGGCGGGGGUCAGGGGUAAAUAAAAGGAAAGACUGGAA